AUGAUUGCUGCGCCUAUUAUCGUGGCAUAUUUUGCUGCGUGGUCAAUUUAUGCACGAUCAUAUUUUGUUGCCGAUAUACCUGGAGAUAAAAUUACGCACAUAAAUUAUGCAUUCGCUAAUAUUGGUUCAGACGGACGAUUGGCAUUGGGUGAUGCAUGGGCCGACGUUGAAAAAGCUUAUGCAGGUGAUACAUGGGAUCAACCAUUGCGUGGAAAUUUCAAUCAAUUACUUAAAUUGAAACAAAGAUAUCCUCAUCUUCAAACAUUGAUUUCUGUGGGUGGAUGGACAUGGUCUGGUAAAUUUUCUGAUGUUGCUUUAACAACUGCAAGUCGUUCUAAGUUUGCUCAAUCGUGUGUUGAAUUUGCUCAAAAAUAUAGUUUUGAUGGAAUAGAUCUUGAUUGGGAAUAUCCUGUAUCUGGUGGUCUUUCUGGAAAUAUUGUUCGACCAGAAGACAAACAAAAUUACGUACUUUUACUCAAAGAAAUUCGUGAACAAUUAGAUACAGCUGGUAAUGUCGAUGGCAAAAGAUAUUUAUUGACAGUGGCAACUGGUGCAGGUACCGAAAGAAUUGGUGAUAUGGAUUUGGCUGGUAUGUCUACCUAUCUUGAUUGGAUUAAUGUUAUGACCUAUGAUUUUCAUGGUGGUUGGGAUACUAAAACUGGUCAUAAUGCUCCUAUGUAUAAAAAUGAUGCGGAAACAGCCACUGAUAUUUCUCCAUCAUUCAUCAAAUCGAGAUACAAUUGUCAUGCAGCUAUUCAAGCUUACAUUGCUGCUGAUGUUCCGCGUUCGAAACUAAUUAUGGGUCUCGGCUUAUAUGGACGUGGUUGGCAAGGAGUUACUAGUACGGCUCAAAAUGGAUUUUCACAACCUGCUUCCAGUCAACUUCCAAUGGGUACAUGGGAAAAUGGAAUUUUCGAUUACGAUCAUUUGAAGAAAAGCUUUUUACCUACAUAUACUCGCUAUUGGGAUGAUGCUUCUAAAGUACCAUUUCUUUUUAAUCCAUCAACAAGUAUAUGGAUUAGUUAUGAUGAUCUUGAAUCUAUAUCACUCAAAAACAAUUAUAUAAAGCAAGAACAAUUGGGUGGCGCCAUGUUUUGGGAAUUAAGUGGCGACCGUAGUGCAGAACUUGUUGGUGCUACGUUCUUAGCAUUAACAAAUGGUCAAACACCACCACCAGGAACCAAUCCACCUACUGGACCAACUCCGUCUACAACUCGAACAAGUACACCUAGUUCUACUGUUUCUCUAUCAACUACUCCAGCUAUCGGUGGGAAUGAUCUUCCAUGGCAACCACACACAGCUUACAAAAUAGGUGAUAGAGUACAAUAUGUAGGUAAUACAUAUCGAUGUAUUCAAACACAUACAUCGUUACCAGAUUGGACACCAGUCAAUGUUCCCGCACUUUGGCAACGUAUUUAA